AUUUGUUGUUUUGUGAGAAUAUUUUGUGAUUUGUGAUUGAAGGCCGAUGGUACGUCUACUGUCAAGAAGUGUCAGAAUUAUCACAACAUUUGUCAAAAUAUGUUUGAUUCAGCCGUACGCCCAAACAUUGCAAACUGAGACUGUAACUGUAAACAAACAUAAUUUGACUUAACAAAAUGAUGAAAGAAAUUGAUGAUAUUAUCGCGACACAAGGCGAUAAAUGUAGUGACAGCCUGAAAAAGUUUGUGAAAAAUGAAUCCCAGUCUUUCUCAUUCCCUGAAUUGGAUAAAGGUAACAAGCGAAAGGACCUAUGGGGAGCUUUAUAUCAUAUCGCUAAAACCACACAAGUCAAAGAACACUUGAAAAAUUGCUUAAUAGCAAUUCGCAUUCUGAGUCGUGAGAAACAGGAACUGAGCGGAUUGGUAACAGAGGAAUGGUUGUCUCUAAUAAAAGAAACGUCUGGCUUAGACCAAGGACAGCAGAUGCCAGAUACUGCCAUCGCAACAGAGGCCCAAAAAAGCUUAUGCAACAUUGUUUUCAAUUGUCAAAGUAUAGCGAACAGGUGUUGCCAGAAUGGCAUUCUUCAGAGCAUUAAGGAGAGGAUAAAGAAGGAUGAUCCAAACCUUCCACAAGAAGUUAAAUUUUUCGACAUGAAGCUGUUCUUUCUUCUAACAGCACUGUGUCCUUCAGAACGUAAAGAAUUGGAAGAAUUCCAGUAUAUUCUAGUGAAAAUUUUGGAGGGCAUAUUGAAAGAUGCAGCUGAAACUCAUAUGCACUCUGAUAAACUACCUACAGUAUUUUUGUCUAACGAUCAGAUAGACAUGGCAUGCGAGGUACUGAAGACCCUUUUCAACAUCACGGUGCAUAUUGAUGAAAAUAACCCCGAGCUGAUGGCGAACUGCUACACCUUAGUGGAAGUUCUGCGAAACUAUUUGCUCAUUUCCUCCACGAGUUUGGAAAAAACAUGGAUGUUACGCAACAACAUAGUCAACCUGCUGACGAACAUGCCGAACGAAACGUAUGAAUCGUUGCUCAUCAAAGUAGAAGACGAAAGCAAAGUGCCUAAAACUUUGCAAUUCGAGGGAUACAACAUGACGGCGAUCUAUGAAAUUCUUAUGUUUUUGAAAGCGAAAUUCAACGACGAACCUAAAGUAUCCAGUCAGCACGAAGUACUUUCUCCAGUCGUAUCAGUGCUUCUAAAGGGAGCGAACGGAAAUCGCUCUAUAAGAAAAUUCCUCAGGCACCACAUACUGCCUCCUUUAAAGGACGUACACACGAGACCGGAACAAGGAGACAAGCUCAGGAACCAUCUGUGCAGGUUACUUACGACUCCGAUUACGCAGCUAAGAGAUUUGGUCGCGGAAUUGUUGUUCGUGCUAUGUAAAAAGAAUGUAUCGCGUAUGAUCAAGUACAGUGGAUAUGGCAACGCGGCCGGGCUGUUCGCCCAAAGAGGUCUGUUAGCAGGAGGUCGUGACGAAGGCGAAGCCGACUUCACCAGUUCGGAUUCGGAUAGUGAAACUGAAGAAUACGCGGAAUACAAACACGGAAUUAAUCCUGUCGUCGGUUGCUAUCAAGAACCGCAUCCCAGCGUUGCUGACGGAAUGACUGACGAACAGAAAGAGUACGAGGCGAUGAAGCUGGUCAAUCUCAUGGACAGCCUUUUGAAGACCGGUACUAUAAAACCGUGUAGAAUCGGUAAAGAUGGCAAGCCGGAAGCCAUUGAACAUGUGAUGCAGCUACAGGAGCGAAUGGAAAAUUGCCCGCUCAGAAAGAAUGCGGACAGCGACAGUGACUGAAUCAGCCAAAGACUCGCGAUCAUUAAAACGUGAACGGUAUCAAAAGGUCCAAACUAUUGUUUAAAUGUCCACAGUUAUGUACAAUGUUUUUUUAAUCGUAGAACCAGGAUUGAAUUUUCGGAAAAAAUGAAACAUGUAUUUUUGUGUUUAAUACUUCAGUAAUUCGAGAGUACCACCCCAUGAUUUUAAUAUCUCACAAAUAUCUAAUAAUUGUGGUAUAAGAUUGUUAACAUGGCAGCAGAAGUAGCAAUUGUACAGGGUCCGGCACAAAAGUCUGACGGUUUUUAAAAAAUCCCAAACUCGGUCAUUUUUACUCAAAAACAAAUUUAUUGACGGACUCGGGUUCACAAUGAAAUAUCGUUUGUCAUAAUUAAGUGUGGAAAAUCUCAUCAGUCAUGUGGUGAUCGUUGUUGACGAUGCAUUGCGGAAGGCGUUCUUGAAAGUUCGCGUACAGUGCAGAGUUCGGGACUUGUGGUCGUAUACACGAGCCUUGAGGAAAAAAUCGCAAUGAACAUCGCCAAACCUGGAAAUAAGGCGACCACCGAAGAGAGGGCGAAUAACGUUCAUCGUUGCUCUGGCUGUGUGGGAGGUUUUCAUUUUGCUCGAUAAGUACUUCCAUCUCACGUUUCCGGGGGUGCGAACCGUUCGUGGAGCUCCUGGUGGUCUGUUGUUGAUGAGUACACCACGUGUGCGAAGUGAUUGAACUCAACUACAGGAAGGAACAGCUCGAUUCCGAUGAUUAUUGAAGGUGGCAACAAAACUCACGCUGUACAUAUGGACAAAACUGUCGUACUCAACCCUCUAAUGCUCCAUAAUGUCUGCUGGUAAAAAUGCUAGGUACGCACGAGUCGAACGGCACCCUUCCCAGCACUCUCGCCUGAAUAGACGGAGAGCACUGGCCAUUUCAAAAACGUCCAUCCUUUGUGUCGGACCCUGUAUAUUAAAUGACACAGAUCUGAUAGAAACUGCUAUUAUGCUCCCUUGGCAUCGAAGGUGAUUGGAGAGAUGAAAUCAAAUCUGCCAUGCAGAUUUUACGUGUUUUAACACGGUCGGCAUUUACAUUCAAUAGCAAUAACUCUCCUUAUAUAAGGUAACGAUAAAUUAUGCACGAAUCACAAUGUUCUCCAUUCAUUGAGAUAGAACGAAAGAGACUUCAAAUAACGCAAACGACGUCUAUUGUUGUUAGACCAUUUCAGAAAUGUACUUAUCCGAGUUUUCCAGACCACAUGCUCUUUCAAGUCAUUUCAGUCCUGCACCAUACUGAUUGUUGCUAAUAAGCAUCAAUAGGGUGAUUGGUCAUGGUCGCAGUUUAUUUCACCUAGUCGUCAAUUCGCCCAAAGUAGUAAACUUUUUUCUUCUGACUAGUUUUCACCACAAUUUAUUUUACGUAGCCGCACUUUAGUAUUAGACCCUUUUAGACCAUAACUUACCUCUCUAUCAUAAACAUGUUUAUACAAGUUUCAUACUUAUAAAAGACUGUAAUAACUAUCCCACUUCUAUGGUGUAUUAUAUUAAGCAUUUUCCAUGUGAUUUGUAGAUUUUAAUAAUUGUUUUAUUGAUGGUCAUAAAUGUAUACAAUAAAUGACAUAUCUCAGGGCCGGUUUAUCAAAGCACAGUUAAAAGUGCCUGUUAAGUAACCUCAAGUUAGGCUAAACUGGCAGUUAUGUUAUGAAGCGUGUUUAUCAAUCAAUCAAUAGCUG